GCUAUGCACGCGACCGGCCUCAGGACGUGACAAUAGCGAAGCUGCGAGCUGAUUGGCCGGCGCGGGUCACGUGACCUUCCGCUCGCCAAAGCGUGAUAAUGGCGAAGUGCAGUAGGCCUGGGACAGUAGGCCUAUCAGUACGGCCAUCAUCUGUCGCCCGCGCGCUGACAUGAGCUCCUAUUUCGCCAACGUGCCCUCCCCGGCGGCCAACUGGGGGGCGCCCUCGCAGGACCAGUAUUCGUACAUGCAGAGUGCUAAAUACCCUUGUUAUUCGGAUCCUACACAGGCCUACGCGCAGUAUGGCGGCAUGCAAGGCUACCGAUACCCCAGUGCAUACAGCUGCGCCCUCGGGAACAUGGCGGCGACCAAGGGCGCCUACGAGCAGAGCCCGAGCCCCGCGAUCACUGCCACGGCCGCGGCGAGCCCCCUGGGAUACGACCAGAGCCAGAACUACUACAGCGCCAUGAACAGUGCCACUACGACCAGGAACGACGAGGCCGUAGCGCAGGCCAUGAGCCAAGCAGUGCCAGACUCCCUCAGCCCAGUGAACAGUGACUACAACAGUGUCAAGAUGAACAGCUACGUAGCCGCGAAUCCCAUGGCAGGCCUGACGCCCACGCCCGUGAAUUCAGUGCCCGCCCAUCCCCUCAGCCCCAGCGACGCCCUCAGCCACGCCUACGCCACGGCUCCUGACGCGGUGAUGCAGCCCUACACGUCCAAAACACAGUGCCCCGCCAACUACUACCAGUGGGUGAAGGCCUACCCGGCAGCAGGGCAAGAACCCGGUUCGGGACCCAAGAGAACCCGCCAGACCUACACCAGAUACCAGACGCUAGAACUCGAGAAGGAAUUCCACUACAACCGGUACCUGACGAGGCGGCGGAGGAUCGAGAUCUCCCAUGCCCUCGGCCUCACGGAGCGGCAGAUCAAGAUAUGGUUUCAGAACCGGAGGAUGAAGGCCAAGAAGGAGUCGAAGAUCUCUCCUGCAGGAGGCGAAGGAGGCGCUGCCGGCGGGGAGCGAGGGGAAGAGAUCGAAGAGAAGGACGUGUCGAGUGAUCCUAGUUCUUCGCCGGAGCUCCUGACGGGGUCGCUGGCGGCGUCGCUGACGGGGACGCUGACGGGGUCGCUGACGGGAGAGUUGACGGCGACGUGAAUGGAUGAGCGAGCCCUGAAGGAGCACAGCGCGAAGAAGAGGGGAAAGAAAAGAGGGGAGAGGGAAAGAGAUAAAUUGAUGAUCUAAUCUGUCACCCGAGUCUCCCCGAUUCUCAAGUGUUUUUUUUAUUCACUGACGAUUUUUAGUGUUUGUUUGUUUUUCUGUAUUUUGAAACAAGGCAGGAGAUGCAUUUUGAGUUGGAUGGUAUCUACUUUGUUAAUUUUAUUAUAUUU